GAGUGUAUAUAAGGAGGUUCAGAGAUGAUGAACCUCACAGUCCUGCACACUCAGGCGAAGGAGACGCACAGCAGCAGAGAUCCUUUAAUUUUGAGAAGAACAAAUCAGUUGAAGACUGAGCCUUCAGUAGAUCCUCCACUCACUAAUUGAAAAGCUUUAAGAUGAAGACAAGUGUUGCCAUCCAGUGCAUCGUUCUCCUGGCCUGCAUGGCCCUUUGCACUUCAGUAGUUAUUCCAAAGUGCCGCUGUGUGAAGACCAGUAAGUCUGUAUGGAUCACUCUCAUCACUCAACUCAAGUUGGAUGAGCCUCGUCCACACUGCAAUAAGAGAGAAGUCAUUGUCACACUGAAGAAUGGGCGUGAACAGUGUCUCGAUCCUGAGUCUAAAUUCACCAAAAUGCUGCUGGAAAAACUGAAGCAGAAGAAAAGUCAGCGUAAGACGACCGUCAGCCCCCAAACAACCACAUCACCAGCCACAGUGUCAAACUCACUAUGAUGCACUUUGCUUGUUUAUAACUGUUACACAAAAGAAACAAGACAUCACUUAGUGAGAAGAAGGAGCAGCCGAGAUCCGGUGCAAAUUUGUCCACCACAUCCCACAGUGGUCGAUGGGACUGAAAUCUGGUGACUCUGGAGGUCAUUUGCAUACAGUCAGCUCACUGUCAUGUUAAGGACACUAGCUUGAGUUGUGAGAUAUGGUGCAUUAUACUGCAGGAAGUAGCCAUCAGAAGAUGUGUACACUGUGGUCAUAAAGGGAUGGACAUGGAAACAGUAAACAGUGAACAUUGUUCAGCUGUUGGACUGGAUACAUGUUUAAGUAUUUUGGGUUUUUUAUUCUUUUUUCAUUUACCAUGAAGAGUGGCUCCUCCCGCUGAUUUUAAACCAAAACUUUUCAAACCAGCUUAUAUGAGAGAUCCACUUACACGACACAGCCCUCUUUCCUUCCCUAGAGUGCACCCUUUGUGUUUUGUUUCAUUUCAUCGUUGGUGUGUCUGUUCUGGAUUAUUUUUAUGACCUGAAUAUAUUUGACUCAGUGAAGAAAUAAAGGUUGUUUUUUGUUUCCUUCAU